UCACUAUCCUAUUGUCGUGUGGGGGGCAAAAUGUUCGCAAAGAUGAAAUCUUUCACUUUCAGAAUAUUUAUUUACAUUGCUAAAAUGUUUGCGUUAGUGACCAAUAUUACAUUCCCCCCAUUGGUUCAUUAUGCAGGGGCAGUAUCAUUGGAAUUACCCACCUCACAAAGUCCAAAUAUGAAUUUGUUUAGCUCAAAAAAACUAUCAAUUUUGCAUGAAAAAAAUUUUGGACAAAAAGUUUGUUCAGUAUUGUAAUAUGUUGAAAUUAAAAUGAAAGUAAGGAAGAACUCUGAGCCACACAAAACAUGACUGGCGCGUUUACAUUCGAUCUGUAUGAAUUCUGAACAAUCUCGUCAUCAAGGGAAUGAGAAAUUGGUCGCUGUGUAUUUCUAACACUAACCACUUUCAUCACAAACGUUGCAGAUGGCGUGUCAGUUAAAUUUGAGGAAAAGACAAGCAUUAUUCUUUUCCUUUUUUAAAACCCCGCCUCUACACAUGAGAAAAAAAACAUCAAGGCACAACUUAAUUUUAAUUGACUGUCUCUGUAGGAUUCUUUCUAAGUUGAUGACAACAUGACAAGGCUGUCCCUCGCUGUGGCGUGUAGCACAGUAGUGGCCAAUGUGGAAAAUCAAUUGUUCAUAAAGAACUGGAGGAACUUGACCUGAUCAAAAUCAUCAAGAAUAACGAAUUUGCCCUAGCAGAAAUGACCUGAGCAUUGCCCAUGGAAGCACAACAAACAAAUAGAACAGAACAGACUAUUAGUGCUCUUCCUGAUUUUGGUUGUUGUUUAGGCUGGGACCCUUCCAAUAAUAUCUUUAGCCCCCUCUAAAAGAUUCCCAGAGGAGCAAAGAGUCGUAUCCUUUAAGCGAUGGGUCUGUUACACUUACCUAAUGAAACGGAGCCAGAUAACGAGACGUUACAAAUGCUGGAGAACAAUUAUAUUGUAGUUAUUCUGCCUGUAGCCUACUCCAUUGUGGCUUUAAUAGGCAUCCCAGGCAAUCUCUUCUCACUUUGGAUUUUAAUGUUUCACACCAGACCUGUAACAUCUUCAAUAAUUCUGAUGAUCAGCUUGAGUAUAACUGACCUGGUCCUGGCGGCUUUCCUUCCAUUCCAAGUCAUUUAUCACAUCUACAGAAACCACUGGAUUUUCGGAAGGCACCUUUGCACGCUGGUGACUGUGCUCUACUAUGCAAAUAUGUACUCUUCUUUAUUAACAAUCAUGUUAAUUAGCAUUGAGCGCUACCUUGGUGUGGUCCACCCUAUGAAAUCUGGUAUGUGGAGGCGAAAAAGAUAUGCAGUCGCCGCUGUGAUUAUCAUCUGGAUUUUGGUGAUGUUUAUCUUGUAUCCAUUAUUAAAGACGGACAUGACCUAUAAUGUGAAGCAUCUGAAUAAAAAUACUUGCUUUGAUGUUCUUAAAUGGACAAUGUUGCCAAACCUGAUGGCAUGGGCAGCCUUUAUCAUUUCACUUUUUGUCUUUUACUUCUUGAUUCCACUAAUAGUCACGGUGAUUUGCUAUCUUCUAAUUAUACUCAAACUGCUGCAGACUUCUAACAGAUAUGGAAAUAGACAAGAAAAAAGGUCUAUACACCUUGCACUCAUGGUUCUUCUGGUGUUUAUUACAUGCUUUGCUCCCAGCAAUUUUAUACUACUGAUUCAUGCAAUUAAUCGUUUGUUCUACAACAAAAGCUACUAUCAAGCCUACAAACUCUCGCUCACCAUGAGCAGCUUGAGUAGUUGCCUUGAUCCAUUUCUUUACUAUUUUGCUUCAAAGGAUUUUCGCAAGAAAGCCAAAGAAGUCUGGGCCAAAAAAUUAAAACAGACUGAGUCUUGUGAAACAAGAAGGAGCAGCAUAUUUUCUGCUCUAUCAGGAAGGUCCAUGACAAUCUCAAGUGGAGAAGUCUUUGAGAAUGGAAGCAGCCAUCGCAGCUGUAAGCGGCAGGAAAGUGAUGUUUAGGUGGUAGAACCAUGAUCACUGGAGGACACUUCUUAGUAGCCGGGAAGCCACAGACGUCUUGAAACUGUAAAAACCCUAGACUGCUGCUCUUUGUUCUUUUUGUUUUUUUCUGAAAAUGCUAAUAAAAACACUUUAAAAGAAAGAAAACCCUAGACUGAAAUCUCAGGGGAUUUUUAUACUGUAUUCAGUUGAAAGAAUAUUGCAAUGAAGGGUGUGCCAAGGAAAAUCUCACCCCUGUACUUAAAGGGAUACUGUGA